AUGACCACAAGCCGCUUUUCAACGGUGGGAGGGACUCUGAAGACCGAGAAGCUUGGAGCUGGCGCGAAGAGCAGCCCUGCAGUAGUUCCUCUCAGACAGAAGACCAAAUCCAAGAACAAGCAGAUUGCCAAGGGUAACCAUGGGCAACUCAGCAGGAUAACGCCCAGCGGCAAGUCUCAGGGCAAGGGCUAUGGUUUGAAUCAUCUACAUCUCAACGGGGUCAAUGAGGAGCAGGAUCGCAAUGUGGAGGAAGAGAAGGGCUAG